CUUUACAAAGAAUGUUCAUUUAUCCUUUCAUUGGCUAUAAGUUUCUUCAUUCUCGUUUUCUCUCUUCUUUCUCUUCUUUCAGCACUCUGUAUACAUUCAAAUCAUGAAACAUCCUUACCCAAAAGGCAUUUUUCAUCCAAUGAUUGGAAUUCUACUUUUAUAUCACGAAACAGAGCUAUUUCCAAACCUCUCUCUGACUUAACAAUCAAUUCAUGCAUUGCAUUUCUAUUUCAUUGGAUAAGAAGGACCUUUGUUACUACGAUGAUCGAUGUCAAGCGCGUCUUUUCAACUCUUUCGCGCCAGAGAGGAGUUCUCCUUACACACCUUGAAGCAAACCGAGUUUGGGUGAUCAAACUUUACUUGAUUUCAUCCAUUGAUUUCUGCCCGUUCUGGAUUUCUCUUCUGAAUGAGUUCUAGAGGUUGUACAUAAUGGUCAAAGAAUCUCUAGGUCGUGUCUAUGUUAUUGGAUUUCCUUUCAUCCUUUGGUAGAUAAUAGGAUAAUAAAGAGUUCAUUCACCCCACAAUAGCUAUAUCUUUUGGCGUCAAAGUUCGAGUCAAAGGGUUUGGGGGAUACUUCUUUCAAUCGUCAUACACAUUCACCUUUUCGUCUUGUGUAUCUAUUGUCUAUUGACGAAGACAAUAGGACUCAUUCGAAAAGAUCGUUAUUUCUAUUGUUAGAAUUAUUCAAACAAUGAAGUCGGGACUUCAAUAACGAACAACUGUUUUAUUUAAUAUAUCUUCUUUUCCUCCUGUUUGAGAUUCUGAUUCUGAUUCGGUUUCUUACUUCUUUCACUCUGAAAAUUAUAAUCUUUCACUUCUUCACGAUCUUUCUAAAAGUUCUAUACACAACUACAACUAUACAACACAACUUACCAAGUUUCAUACUUAAUUCUUACUACACACAUACUUUGAAAGUAUUCCAAAACUCUUCUAUUUACUGCAGGCAGUUACUACUACGCUUCCUUACCACAAUUAUUCAAAACUAUACAUAUAUUCGUCCUUUAAUACAACACAAUCACGAUGUUGAACGUCAAACAAGCCGGUCGAGGCUUUGUGGUUCUUAACAUCAUUCGUGUUAUGAACAUUAUAGCACUCCUCGAUGUUAUCGCAGCAAGUUGGAUCAUGCUUGUCAUGACCGUCAAGACCUCUAACUUCUUCUUCUUUGAUGGAGUUUCUCACUUUAUCACCAGCUCUAUCGGAAUCUUCCUUAUCAUUUCAGAGCUCACCCUCUUCAAGAAAUACUUCGAGAAUUUCUGGCCUCUCCUCUGUCCCCACAAUGGUUUUCUCUUCCUUGGUCUCUCCAUGUUAGCUCUUGGUUUCAAUAUCCUUGGAAACUUGAACAAGAAUGCCACUUCUGUUGAAAACUUAGGAUUACCUAUGUGGCGUGUGGUCAUCUCUUCAGGAUGUCUUUCAGCUAUUCUAGGAGGUAUCAAUUGUAUAGCCUCCCAAAUCUUCACAACCAAAACCAAGACCGCACGCCAACUCCGCGCCCACGGUGCCACCGACGCCCCCAACCCCUACGAGAAACGUCUCUCUCUCCCCUCCUCUAUCAACAACGAUCUCCCCUCCUACUACAGCAAUCCCGCCGAACGCCGCAAAUCGCGCUUCCCCUUCCGCCUCCCUCUCCGCGCUUCGCAAAUCCACAUCUCCAAACCCGUCAUCUCAGACCCGCAACCAUUUCACCCAGAUCUUGAAGUCGGCGAAAGCUACGAUCAUCAGAAAAUGGAUAGAAGUAGUCCCAUCGUGCCGGGUGUCGAGAGACCACCCACCGCAAUGCAUCCUGCGAAUCUGAGACCCCCGCCUGCGCCCAGAAGUAGCAUCUACAGUGUUGCGAGUAAUGUGACGAGGUUUACGAGGAUUUAGAUGGGUUUGAGCGUGCAUGCGUGGAUAGCGUGCACAUUUGCCGGGAAGGGAUCAAUAGAUCAAUUUAAAAGUUUAGCAUAGCAUAGCGUAGCGUAGGAUAGGAUAGGAUAGGAUGGGAUGGGAUGGGAUAGGGUGAAUAGCGAGAUUUUGAUAAUCCGGGAAUACGAUACGAUACGUUACGAUGGAAUUGGUGUUCAUUGGUGUUUAGGGAAUGGAUGGAUAUAUGGAAUACCCCAAUGAUCCCUUUUUGCUUUUUUGCUUUUUCUAAAAAUUUUACCUUCUUGUAUUUUCUAAAAAGGAAGUGAAUGAGAUGAGAUGGGAUGAGAUGGGAUGAGGUAUCAUGAAGAAACGGAUGAUUAUUCACGAAUUUCAAUUUCAAUUUCAUCUCUAUAUCUAUCUGCAGUUACCGACUUUGUUUUCAUAAUAC